UUCGCAGACCGGCGCGCUGUAACCGUCAUAAUUCAAAACUUAUUUUUCUCAGUGUAUUUUUUAGUUUUCUUUGAGUAGCAAAAAUGGAUUUUUUGGAGGAUUUUCUAUUAGGAUAAUUUUUGCACGGAUGCAAUGUCCAAGUUUGGAAGAUUUGGACCUCUCCUGGGCACCAUCUACGUGGGGAAUACACUGAGUAAAUUCCUGAUCUACGCUGCCAGGAAUGCAGAGAUUCUCACAUGCCAUGAAGUGGCCCUGAAGCAAAUCAGCCCCAAGCCGGGAUGGAUUGAAUAUGAUCCCGUGGAUGUUUGGAAGUCCGUAAUUGAGUGCAUUGAGGUUGCCAUUAGGAAUCUCGUGCUUCUGGACAUAAAUCCACAGGAUAUCAUUGCUGUGGGGCUCACAAAUCAACGGGAGACUGUUGUGGUGUGGUCUGUGGACACGGGGGAAGUCUUGCACAAUGCCAUUGCAUGGAAUGACAUCCGAAGCAUUGAGACGGUGCAGCAACUCACGCGGAAAGGGAAGAAUCGUCCGGAUUACCUCAAGGAAGUUUGUGGUUUGGUUCUCAGUACAAAUUUCAGUGCUGUGAAGAUUCGCUGGCUUAUGGACAAUGUCCCCGGGGUGAAGGAAGCCAUUGAUGGGGUGCAGUGUCACGUUGGGACGCUAGAUUCGUGGAUUAUGUGGAAUCUCACGGGUGGGAUUGAAUGUGGGGUCCACAUGACGGAUGUCACGAAUGCCUCGAGGACAAUGUUGAUGAAUUUACAAACGAGGAAAUGGGAUAAAUCCCUCUGUGCAUUUUUUCAGAUAAAUCCCCAUGUUCUGCCCCAAAUUCGUUCCUGUUCUGAGACUUAUGGCUUCAUCCAUCGUGGCCCACUGCAGGGAAUCCCAAUUGCUGGAUGUAUUGGUGAUCAGCAGGCAGCACUUCUGGGGCAGAUUUGCUUCCGUGCUGGACAGGCUCAGUGCACCUACGAUGAGGGAUGUUUUCUCCUUGUCAACACAGGGCAGGAGAUAAUUGACUCAGAUUGUGGGCUUUUGAGUACAGUGGCAUUCCAAUUGGGUCCCAAAGCGGCACCCUUUUACGCCCUAGAGGGCGCUGUGGCGAAUUCCGGAUCGGCUGUAACGUGGCUCCGGGAGAAUUUACUCCUUGAAACGGAGAUUAAUCAAAAUUCCCACAAUCUCGCAAAUUCAAUGAGUGACUCCACAUUCUUCUCCCCAAUCCAGUCAAUAUCGCCUUUUGGCACUACGCCCCUUGUCACUGCCGCCACAUCAACACCCCCGAAUUCCCUACUACCCCUCGAAGGUGUCACCCCUCCUACGUCCGAGGUGAUCUUCAUUCCGGCAUUUAGUGGAAUGUACACCCCGUACUGGCAGUACAGAGCUCGUGGGAUGCUCAUGGGGCUCACGAGUCACACAACAAGUCGGCAUGUUGUGCACGCAGCCUACGAGGCGACGUGCUUCCAGACGCGGCAAAUACUCGAAGCACUUCAGCGUGAUUGCCACACGUGGCGCCCCCUGGGGAAGCUCAUAGUAGGCGGGGAACUAAUGGAAACCCCCUUCCUGCCCCAAAUGCUAGCUGACUACUGCAACAUAACCAUUGAGCGCCCACAGAUCUCCUCUCCAGCCACCCUUGGAGCCAUGCUGGCCACUGGAUUGGCAAUGGAUGUGGUGACACUGGAGAACACCCAAGCAGUCCUAGCGCCCCCUGCAGACGUCCAUCAGCCUGUCAUGUGUCAGACGGUGGCAGAUGCAAAGUACAAGCGCUGGAAGAAGGCUGUCCGGAUGUGCCUACGGAGCACGCCAAUGGAUGAAGAUAGUGAGGAUGAGGAGCAAAUAGCUGAUCCACAGCGUAGCGUAAAGAAUUCCAUUCCGGGCUCUCUUUUCAUCGUCACAUCCUUUGCACUCAUUAUUGUGGCAGAAAUGUUGAGGAUACUCUAAAGCAGGACAGCUGGGCUAACUUGUCUCUCUAGUCAAUCCCUCAAUUAAGUCUUUUGGGCAUUUUAUUAUUAACAAAAAGAAAACUUUGGAGUAGCUUUAAUAUUAGUCAGAACACGAGUCAGGAUGCAAUGGGAGGAGUAAAGUUAUUAAUCCCUCAAUAGGCUUAAGAGGUUCAAGUCUAAAGUCUCUCGGGGGUAUUAGUUAAGCAAUAAUAACGGAUUAAGGAUUAAUUUGUGACUAAAUAAUGUGGACUUGCAUGGAUAUUCCAGUGUUGUAAUGUAAUAUUUAUUUCGGUGAUCAAUAUAAAUACCAAAUAUUUCAAUCUAA